AUGCAUAAUACAUCGUUGGCACCAGGUGAAUUCAAAACCCUAAAUGCCACUCACACAGAAACCGUGGAAAUAUUUGACCUGGGAACGAAGCUCGGCAUGAGUUUUCCAUACAUCCCCUUGAUGAUAAUCUCGCUGAUAGGUAAUUCCCUCGUCUGCUACGUUAUUCAGCGUUACUUGCAAAAUUCCGUCACAAACAUAUUCCUCUUCAACCUCAGCAUUACGGAUAUUCUUACAACACUCGCUGUAAUUCCAAUGACCGCAAUAGCAGAUAUAUGGCUUAACCACUGGCCAUUCGGGGCGGCGAUGUGCAAGCUUGUUCCCUUCAUCCAGUGCAUUACAGUGACCCUCACAGCUUUCACUCACGUCCUAAUUUCCUGCGACCGAUUCCUCAUUGUCUUUCGGCCCCUUCAAAGACGACGACUACUGACGCCCAGGAGGGCGAGAUUCCUUAUCAUUCUGCUGUGGGUCACCGCGUGCAUUCAAGCCACACCACUGGCUGUUGUCGGAUAUCUGCCAGAGGGUCCUAACGCACGAUGUGCAGAGUCGUGGGAUGCCCAUAGGAGUCAAGCCUACACCACAACUCUCAUGGUGAUGCAGUAUUUCAUUCCGCUGACUCUUCUUAUUUGCUCAUACUCGGUAAUUUGUUGGAAGCUUAACUCGACGCAAGGUCGAGGCCCGGUCUCAGCAAGUAGAUCUCGAAUGACGGUUAGAUCAAAACGAAAGGUGAGUAGACCAUUGCGCCUUCUCUUAGCUGUUGUCGAGGCUUUUUGCGCAAUCAUCAUAAUCGUCAUCAUUGCCAUCACCAGCAGUACCACUGCAACCUCCAAAGGCGAGUUGAUGGUGAAAAUGAUGAUUGCCGUGUCAGCCCUGUACGCCGUUUCUCAACUUCCAAGACAUGUCAUCUACCUCUACGGAACCGUGGUGAAUUGGGCAAGUAAGGAUCUGGCCAUCGCCUGGAUGUUUGUUGUGCUUCUCAGCAGUUCGGCAUCUUGUUACAAUCCCUUCAUUUACGCCUGGAUGAACCAGACCUACAGAAUCGGUUUCACACGGGGCAAUUCAAGGUGUUCAGGAAUGGCAAAUGUAGGUCCCUCGAGACUGGGUGCAACCGUACCUGACUGA